AUGUUGACCCGCAGAGCCGAUCGCACCCGCGACUGUCUUCCUCAUUCGCCCUGCCAUGCAGUCAAGGUCCGACCCUGCUAUCGUUCAGCUGCCCCCAUGGCUGCUCGUACGACGGUGAAGCGGUGUGUGCUGGAUAUGCAUCUGCACUCCAACGCCCGGCCAACCGGUUCGCAGGUUUGCAGGGUCGCAGGGUCGGGUAUCGACCACAGGCCACGGUACAUUGUUCGGUGA